GGAGGGGAGUCACGUGACCAGAGAUUGUGAUAGCGGAGUUCCUGGAAGAAACAAAACAAAACAAAUGACAGCUAACCAUGGGACGCGGCUACAGUCGCAUGUCACUCGCCAAGUCGGCUUGAGGUCUUCAUAAUCACAUAUUGUAUGAAGACUGAUCGUUUUCAGCGCAUUGUUUCCUUCAGGGGACACAGCCGUCAGCUUUAUGCCUGCGUGGUAUAAGUUGUGGACAAAGCUGAGGUGUGCUGACUGUAAAGAUGGAGGCUGCACGGCCAAAGAAAACCAAGACAAAAACCAGCGCAAAAUCCCAGCUGUCCCGGAAACCGAAGCAGACAAAAGAAGAAGAAAAAAGACCCACAGCAUCCUCUGAUGUUUUCGAGGAGGCCUCUGGCUUCACUGACAUCCCCCUUAGUCUGCCGUAUCAGGAACUGGAGGAGGAGCAGAAAAACCCUGUUGAAACCCUUGAGACAACAACACAGCCAAUCGAUCAGUUCUCUGAGAAACCGGCCUCCCCAUCUCAGGAUUUAUCGACAUCUGGUGUAACUAGUAUUUUACAGCCAACUCUCCAUUUGUCGACGCAAACAUCACAGACUACAGAGCAUUUGACUGAGUCAAAAAAUGAGGAAGAGGAGCAUCAUGGAGUAGCAGCUCAGAGCUCAGCUGAGCUCAUUGCACCGAACAUCACGGAUGCUGCCAGAGUUACACAAUCAUGGACUAAUUCAACACAGUUUGAAAUCCUCAAUGCCUCGAGUGCCCCUUUGCUGUACCCAUCGCUUCCCACAUUGGAGGAGGGCCCUGUGAUACAGCUCAGUGAUGAAGCUGUUAAAAAUGGUGCAAAAGGACCUGCAGUGUUGGCACUUCCUGAGCAGGAAUCUUCCCCUUUAAGUUGUCAGCCCCUGAGGUCUGUAGCUGAACUACCCACAAGCAAACUCUACCCAGAGAUACAUCAAAUGGCUCCAGAAAUUCAGCCAUUCUCACUGGAACAGCUUAAUGUCUGGGAGCCAAGUGGAGGUUUGCAAGCUUGGUUAGAGGGCGUUGAAGUGUGUGCAGCCCAGUUUUGUGCCCUGGCCCGGCAGGACAACCAUGAACUUACUGAACUCCUGCAGAAUUACUGGCGCUGCCGCAGACAGCUGACCCAGUCGCACACACAGCUACACACGCAGUCUUCUGACUGCAAGAGCGCACAGAAUCGGCUCUGGUGCUUCAGAGAUGAGCAGCUUACACUUCAGGGGGUAUGUGCAGACCAGUCUAAGGUGUGUGGAUACCAUCGCUUCCAGCAGGCAGAUUUUAGUCAGAGUGUGUUGGCUGAGCUAAACAGGCUGUUUGAGGCUCGCAGUGAGCUUCUCCAUCAGAAGGUAGCACUACAUGCAUACACUGCUCUGCUGUCACGCCUUCAGGUGGAAUCAUAUUUGUAUCGCCUGCUGAAAGAUUGUUCUGGCAGUAGCUCACAGCCUUGUUCUUUGCAACCCUUGAAAGAGGCCAUCAGUGUCCUGUUUAGUUUUACACGAAGAGUCUUGGAUGAUGCACAGUUCCAAACUGACAUCCAUCACUGGCUGGAGAGAUUGGUGGCAAUCCUUCUGCAUGUGGGAGGAUCAGGAGAACAUCUAUUCCUGCUGUGCCAUCUUCUGUGCUGCCCUGCAGGGGUUGGAAAGUGGGCUGCACCAUUUCUACAGAUUCAAAUAUGGGGAAAUGCAGGUGGGGUGCAGCACUUUAUGCAAGCUUUGACCAUCCUAAUGUUACCUGCCAGGCACCGUGCAGAGUUUCUGAGCCAUAUGAAACCAUGUGAGAGCCAGAGCUCAGCAGCCUCUGGACCAGAGUCUGGCAACUGGACAUUAGUGGAUGAAGGAGGAGAGGAGGAUGAAGACCCAGAGAGCAGCUGGUUGCUGCUGUGUGAGGAGGAUCUGAUCUUAAUGCUGACCCAGUUCCCAUUUCAGCAGCUAUACUCAAACAUGCUGGGGAUGAGCAAGGACGGUGUGUAUGAAUCCAAGUCCUGCUCCAGUCAGAAGAUGAUGCGUGUCUUUGCUUUUGCUUCGUCACUCAUUGAAAUUCUCGCUCUCGGCCUACAAACCUACAACAGAGCGCGAUACAGACAGCUAGUCAAACGAAUCGGACACAUCAUACGAAUGACUGUUUGCUAUGUCAGUGAUCACUGGGCCCAGUACGUAAGUGUGAAUGUUGCACCUGGAUCCAGUGGACAAGUACACACCCUGUCUUUAGACAAACUACAACUGGAAUAUGACCAUCUCUUCCUCAGAGCAGUUUUACAUGUACUCAGAAACAAAAGACUGGGCAUUUGGUUGUUUAUGUCUGAGAUGCCUUAUGGGACUCUGUCCAGUUCUAUGCUGUGGAGAGUCCUUUAUAUAAUGCAGUGUGCAGAGACAGAAGGACUCGAAACACUCAGCGCUGCCAGUGACACACACAUCUGCAUUCAGGCCCUCAAAGACCCCGAGCUCCAGCAGAGAUUUGAGCAAUGGCUGUGUGAGGUGAACAGCUCUGAUGGCAUCUCCCUCCUCACUGCGCUUGCUCACAUGGCCACACCCACUCAGCACUCUGACCCAGCCUUUAUCACCACUAUAGCGCUGCUGAUUUACCAGGUGUCUUAUGUUAGUGUAUCUACCAGAGAAACCUACUCUAAGGUAGGGAGGGAGUUGCUGGCUGCCAUAGCAACAGCCCAUCCCUAUGUAAUAUCUGUGCUCUUGGAGAAACUGAGAGAAACCAUACAAACUGUAGGAAUGGUUGCUCUGUACCUGUGUAAAGAACUUCCACUUAAUCUGUGGCAGCCGCGGCCAGAGGAAAUAUGUGUAAUUGGGGCCUGGCUGCUGCAGCAUCCACUUUCUGCUGUGGAGAACCGGCUGGCCUGUGUUAUUCUUGAGGGUCUGAACUGGGGUUACACACAGACGGGCUCUUUAGCCCUGUCUUCAUCUCUUCACAAUGAAGUGGCCCUGCUGGUGGCUGAAGCCUAUCAGAAGUACCUUACUGACAAACCAUAUAGUGGCCUCAUAUCGGAGGGAAUCAAACAGGUGUCUUACCUUGCCAGCGUCCUUCGUUUGGGCGUUUCUCCUGAAGCAUCCUUUAGCCAAUGGGCAUGGCAACUGUUGCUAAGGCUGAAACUCCAUGUCAAUGCCCAAAACCCUAAAGGGGCAUGGUCAGUCCCAGCUUUGGCAUCCAAUCCACCUCCAGAACUCACACAUUCUCCCAGCAUGCACUCUGUUCUCAGGGCUGUAAAAGCGGGCAUCCCCAUUGGAUGCUACCUGUCUAUAGCCAUGACACAAGUCGGACACAGCCUGGAACAUUUUUGUACUGAUGGAGUCGGAUUGUUGAAGAAUCUGAUUCAGUCUUAUCACCUGAGAGCAGCCGUGCAUCUGCUGGAUAACAUCCUGCCGCCAACCUACCCUCUGAGCUUCUACCUGCUCAAGAACUCUCAAUUUGUGAAUUGUAUCCAGUUAUUCUUGCAGUACGACAGUGUGUGUCCUCAGGGUGUGACACAGCAGGUCACUCACCGGGUUGCACCACUGCUUACAGGAACCAUCUAUGGUGACAAUGUCCGACUGCUGAACAGUGUAAUUCAGAGUCACAUAGUAGAGAGUUCAAAGCCUGGUCGCGUUGGAAUUGCAGCAGUUCUAGAGUUUUGGGUGGGAAUUCUGACUCAGCAGAAUCUCUGGUACAGAGACAAAACGGUCCUGUUCCUCAUGGAUCAGAUCUGCUGUGCUGCAUUCACACACCACCAGGAGGAAUGUGUGCAGAAGCUCCUGUACCAGCAGCAUAAGAAUGCAUUAGGUUACCAUGGAGAUCGAGGUCUGCUCUCCUCUCUGGUUGGUUGGAUUGCUGGCAAUGCCACACCCUCUUUCAUCGAGGGCCAAUCACUUAGUUUGGAGGUUUGGUUUGCCUGGCUUGUGCUUAAUAUGGAGGGAGUGUUUGAGGAAGAUUCUCAGCUGAGACGCUGUGUUGAACAUGAGCUCCUGUCGGAGAUGAAUAUCUCCCCAGAACAAGCCCUAAAGAAGGUGCAGCAGAGGUUGAAGUUACCAGUAGCCCCGUCCCUACAGCGGCUGCAGGUGUAUCGCUGGGCUUGUCAGGCCUUGGCCACUCCCCCUGAUCAUCCACUACUUCCUCUGGUGUGGCAGAAGUUCCUUCAGCUCUAUCUCAGGCAGCCUGGGCCUGAGUAUGGACUGGCUGCAGGAGGAUGUAUUGGACGAAGGUUCUUUCUGACUUCAUCUCAGGCUGCUAUACUUAGAAAUCUGAGACAGAGAAUUCAAGAUGUGUCUGACUUCCACCAUGCUGCUAGUCAGGCCCUCAGGGUACCCCCACCACGCACACCGACACCAGACAGCCAGGUUGACGAAAGCCAGGACGGUCCCACUCCUGCUUACCUCACCUCUCCUAAGCUCCACACAGAGUUGGUCAGAUUGUUUGGUGUGUUUGCAAUCUGGAUGGACGACGAGACUCUGCAGAAACAAGAAGUGUACCUUCCCUCUCUCCCUCCAGAGUACGAGCCACACAGACUUGCUCAGGUUAUGCAGCGGCAAGAGGAGCUGUGGCUGGAGUAUGUUGACCAGGAGCGUCUGCAGUAUGAUGAGAGGGAGGUCUUGUCUCUGUGGGAGAAGGUGCAGAGUGAGCCCACCUUCUUGCACAAACAAACUCCCGGCUUCACCGAUUGCACCAGCCCUAGCAAUGCGAGGGCACGUAUCCUGUCCAGCUUGCAGAAGCAUCCAGUUCCUCAUCCAGCUCCAGAGCUGCAACAGCAGAAGGCUCCUGUGGCUGAGGUCCCCACAGCCUGCCUCACUGACUCUAAAGCUGCUGCUGAACUGCUUCUGCAGGACCUCAGCAUUCUGCAAGACCAGGCCAGGAUUGCAGUGGCACGUGAGGCCCAGCAGGUGGCAAUGGAGCAGGAGCUGCUAGAGAGUCUUCCUUUGUUGUAUAAAAACCAACCUGAGCAAGUCUCUAUGGCCCUGGAGUGUAAAGGGAAGGGAGGGCAGCCGUGCCAGGGACCUGCAAACAUCACAGUCACAUGUGAGCGUGUCCAGAGACAGGAGGCAGUGCAGACUCAGAUAGCGUCGCUGCGCAGGGACAUCAAGAAGCUCCAAUCUGACGCCAUGGCGCCGCCGUCUCAAAGCUUGGCACAGGCUGCUGUCCACACUGAGAACUUCAUCACGUCUCUGGUGAACAUCUACAAGGCACAGAAAUCGCCAGCUGUGCAGCAAGUUGGCGUGUCAGCCUUUUACCAGGUGGUCUCAUUUGUUUGUGAGGACACACUGCGACACCCGCCAACCCGCCAGUACUUCUCCUCGUGUGUGGAGAUCCUGGGACAGGUGUUUAUCCAGGGCAAUGCAGAGGAGUGUGGUCAUGUUCUGAAGACCAUCCUGGAGCAGAGCCGUCUUUGCCCUCUCAUCUCUCCGUUCUUCACCCCCAACGCGGCACCAAGUCAGCUUGUCUUCCUCUACCAGGACGUGGUGAAGUCCCUCAGCCUGGACAGCGCUGAUGUCAUCUUCAUGCUGCUCACUAAGUUUGAUUUAUCUCAAUGGCUAAAUGAAGCCCAUCCUGUGUUUUCGGAGAGAACCCGUCUGCUGGAGUUUAUCCAUGAAGCUCUAUGUGUCUGCGGCAGAGACCCAGAGCCUGAACUCCUCAUGCCUUUUCACCUUUUCACCAAACACUGGACCUGGCUCUUACGCCACCAUUUCCCUGACCACUACAGUGACUGCCUGCGUCACCUCAUGACCAGCUCAUCAAACCAGUUACUGAGUCCAGAGUGCUGGAAGGUGACUCUGCGGGUGCUGGGCUGUUUACCUCCAUCGCGCAGCACUAAAAGCAAAGCUGAGCAAACCACCAGCGCCUCUGACGUCCCCUGCCGUGUUGUCGGACCCCACGCCUCUCCCUACAGAUCCUCCAUCAGCCUCUCCCCUCAGCAGGUGGAAGAGACAGUUGAUUGGCUCAGUGAUUACUUCCUACGAAGUCGUGUCAGUAACCAAGACCUGCGCAGCUUCGGCCUCUACUCUGCCUGGACUCCUUACAUCAGCGAGGUUGUGUCCUUCUGGGAACAUUUAAUCGGUUGCCUUAUCAACGUGCAGCUCAGCAUUUGUGCCAGAGAGUCAGUGGGCAGCAGUAAAAUGAUUAAAGCUCUGCAGGAUCUUCACAGUAACAUUGUGAAGCUAUUUAAGCCUUGGAUCUUUCCUUUGGACACCGAAGACGGCGGUAACUUCAAGUGUUACCCGUGGCUGGAGACCGAUGCCGCUGCGGCAGGAUGCAUGGUCGCUCUCUACGCUCAGCUCACCGACACGCUGCACCACAAGUUCAAAGACCGUCUGCUCCCGGGUCAGAGGGGGGCUCUGUGGCUGUGUACGAUGCAGUACUGCGAGAGCUGCACAUCUCCCCGCACACCUGAGUACCUUCUUUACCUGUACCACACACACCUCCGCAGCCUGCCUUGGAGACACCUGCAUCCUGACACGCAGCUCAUGGAGCAGCUCUUCAGUGUGGAGCGAGGAAGCCCCAAGAGCUGCUUCCUGUUUCUGGGAGAGGUGUUAUGUGAAGUGAACUGGGUCAGCGUCCUAAGUGACCACUUACAAACACCUUCCACAUCUAUGACAUAUCCCACUCUAACACAUGUGGUGACUCAGAAGGAGUCACAGACCAUGUUGGUCUAUCUCUUGUACAUGCUAGUCUUUCUGGCAAAGGAGGAAAAACUCCUGAGUCAGCAGGACUCCCCUCUGCUGAGUCUGUUGGUGCAGUCCACCUCUCUGCCCUGGCAUCACCUGCACCAGUCCUCAUACCAGGGCAUACUGGGUUAUGUUGGCACCCACUACCCUCCCUCCUUAUUGCUCAGUGCUGAUUCUGCACCUCAGCUGCUACUGAAAUCACUGCGUAGUGCUGCUGGGCUUCACCCGCGCCCCAAUGAAACUCCACACCAGGAGGAGACAAUGAAGGCCGGGGUGUAUGUGUGCUGGUGUGUGCAGUCUCUGGUGACUCUGGAACAAGGAGGCAGCAUCAACCUCAGAGACCUGUCGGAUCAGCUGGAAUCUCUUCUGGAGAGCGUUGUCACGUUCAACCCACCAGAGACGGAGUUGGAGCAGAGGCACAUGGCGUUCUGCAGCCUCUUCAGCCACGCUCUGGGUUUGCUCAACGGGGUGGGCGUGUCCACCGGCGAGGCGCUGGCUGCUCACGUCAUCACCUGGUUAGACAGGAAGGGGAGGGGCUUUCCCAUUCUACCCCUGCUCACCGCCUGCUCCCGCUGUCUGGCGUCCGUGCGACAUAUGACACGCAUCAUGGAGGCGUGCAUCACCGCAUACUUCAGCCAUGCUGAGGAGGAACCUGUAAACUGGAGUCCUGUGUUGGCAUCACUACAGGUGCCCGAGCUCACAAUGGAGGAUUUUCUUUCUGAGAGCCAAUCAGGAGGCAGCUUCCUGACGCUCUACGCUGUCAUUCUGCAACGCCUCCACACUGAAAGCACAGCAGUAAAUGAACUGAAGACGCUGGGUCUAAUAACCGAAUGGACCAAAGAGGUCUUCCCCAGUGGUCCAGGUGAUGAAGCCAAGCUGUUUCUUUGGUGGCACAAAGCACUGGAUCUGUCAGCAGAGCAGCUGCAGCCACAGGCGGGCCAGACAGAAGUGUCUGUGGUUGUCAGGAGUCUGCUGAAGCUGCAAACCAGGCUGCUUCAGCUGGGAGAAGAGAGGCUGAACUCUGGACUGCUGGGGGCUAUAGGCCUGGGGAAGAGGUCUCCUGUUUCCAAUAGGUUCCGAGUGGUGGUACGCAGUCUGGCAGCGUUUCUGUCAGUCCAGAUACCAUCGGAGGCGGAGCUUCGACUGCAACCCACCAGUGAUUUGCAGCUUUCUGUUAAAGCACAGCAAAUGUUGGGAGCGUUGGAGGCCAUGCCCAGCAGUAAGCAGUACGUCGAGUUGGAGGACUCUGUAAAUAAGGCCGUGCAGUUCAUCCGUUACCCAGGACACUGUCUCAGAGACGCACCUCGACUUCUCGCCCUGCUGUUUAACCUGCUGUACCCCGAUCUCAGAUACCUACACUUUACCCGUGAACAGUGACUUGACCUGUCCAUGUCUGUUCUGUGCAGACAUUUCUUACUGGAGCACAAACUUGUCCAAGGAGAACAGUGUUUCUGACGAGUGACAGAAAGAGAUUGUUUAUCAUUGGUCGCUGUGAAUUUGAGGAAAAACACCUUUGAAUAGGAUCAUAAAACCAGUCAAAAGGAACAUUCUCACCCUCAUUUCUGACCUUUUCCUGCACUUUCAUUUUUUCCCCCCAUGCCUUCUUGCUUUUUAUAUAACUAGCCUAUUGAUUAUCCGCAAUUUGUCCUAUUCUUGAUUAGAGACGAUGUUGCACAUAUUUAUUGAAGUGGAAUUCAUGAAUCAGAAUUCUUCAGGUGUGGAUAAAAGUAAAAUGAACCAUAAGUGAUUUCAAGAAAGCGGUGGACGAGUCUCAUGGGUUUAUAAUUCAAGUUGUAUCUUCUUAUAAUGAGGAGGAAAUGCUAGGAAACCGGGGGUUUAUUGCCUGAAUCAACAUUGUACACAUAUACAGUACAGGUCUGUCCUGUAAGAAUUCAUCAUGUUUAGACAGUAUUAUGUUCAUGUUAAGCCAAAAGUGCUUUCCUUGUUUCUGCCAAAGAGAUGUUAGUUUCAUGUGCUCAUCUACUUAAACCGUUUUGACCAAGUAGUGGGCCUGUGUCAUGUUCCCCUAUUAAGUACAGUGUGUGUUUACAUGGUGCCACAUGACUAACAGCUGGGCUCUGUAAUACAAAGGACCGAUGCUGGUUUCACUGAACGGAUGUAAUGCUGCUGCAGCUGGUAUUUAACAUGUCUGCAUACACUCAGAUGAUGAUGUGUGGUCAUUUAAGGGUAAAGGCACACUGCGAGUCAGACGCAUCACACCUCCACACUGGUACUGUACAUCCAAGUCCUCUUUCCCAUCAUCCUUGUUAGUUCACCACUCGUGUUGCUCGGUGCCAUCUCCGUAAUAAUAAGCGCGCUGCACUUCGGCAGCCUGAAGCUCGCCUUAUUGCCUGUGUCAUGUUGUGACUGCUAAUGUCAAAGGCAUUUCGUUCUUAUGAGUCAGUGAUCAGGAAUGGGUCCGUGGGGCUGCCGGAGAAAAGAUGAGACAGAGCCCGGAUAUGCGAUCAGUAAAGAGAACUGAAUGCCUCCCUGCUGAUGUCGCCCGUUGAAUCUGGAACCUUGUGUCUUAAAUGCAGGACAGACACAAUACAGUGCAGCCUCUGCAAUAACACUCUACCCUGCAAUCUGUGUAUAACUCUGAAUCGAAAGACUGAUAUUAAAGGUUUCUUGUGUAAGAAG